UGUGUGUGAGCACAUGCAUUACCAUUACCUUCUUGCCGUAUGUAACCCAUCCCCCCCCACGCCAUCGAAAAGCCAGAAGUCCCGCCACAGACCGUUCGCAGGGCGGGACCGCGUGCUUUCGGCUGUACCAAGCUUCUGGGCUCCCCGGCACACGGGCUGGACGAUGAGCGCUGUGACCAAGUACUCAAGCCACGUGGCAGCCAUCUGUGCUCUGACGAGGGACUAGGAAGGGAAGGUCCCUUGCCCAAAAGAUGCAGCUCCCUCCAGGCUAAGGUCACUGCUUGACCUCCAACUCCAUCUCAAAACAAAAUUCGUCCCAUCUCGCGAGUCUCCGUGGAACCUUGCCUCCUGCUCCGCGUGUCCAGGUGGACAACGGCCGUCAUCGAACCGGCCAUCAGCGGAGCGCGCUGCUGCUGAGUCUUUCGAAACAAACCGGACACCGAAUCCUCUGCAUGACGGAGCAAAGGGGAGCGGGCAGCGAGCAUGCCACCGGAGCACUGCAAAUUCCUCCCGCAGGGCUCCAAUGAGGGGAUGAUCGGUUUCUACAGCACCCUGCUGGUGCUGGGCGUGGUGGGGAACGGCCUGGCGUGCUGGCGAGUGCUGGGGCCCGCGUCCCGCGACCUCAAGAGCGCUCCGGCCGUAUUCGGCCUCAACCUGAUGGCCGCGCAUGCCGUGCUGCUGCUCAGCCUGCCCUUUCGCAUCGUCCACUAUGCGCGCGAACGCUCGUGGCCGUUCGGCGCGGGCUUCUGCUCGGCCGUGUCGGCGCUCCUCUACGUGCACAUGUACGUCUCCGUGCUCCUCUUCGUCUGCCUCUGCGUCUACCGCUUCGUGCAGCUGUGGCGACGGCACGGCGAUUCUGGCGCGGGGGGCGGCGGCGGCGGAAACGUGGCGCGCGCGGUGCUGCGCGCCUACACGCUGCCCGUGUGCGCCCUGGCCUGGGUGUUCAGCCUGGCGCUCGCCACCCCGGUGUACCUCGAGAUCAUCGGCACCAACACGACGAGGGAUGCGGCCAGGAAGGAGUCCGUCUGCUUCGAGUACAGCGGUCGAGUCGAGGAGCCCUACGUCCUGCGGGUGAACGUGGCACUCACCGCGCUCUACGCCAUCGCGUGCGUCGCGUUCGUCGUCGGCUUCUGCCUCCUGGGCCGGCGUCUGCGGCGCGGCGCCGGGGGACGCCGGCCGGGGACGCCCGGGGCGGCGAGCGUGGAGAUGAGGGCGCUGCUCAAGCUGCUGUGGAUGUUCGCCGCGUUCGUGGUGUGUUACGGGCCCUACCACGCCACGCGACUGCCCUACGUGGCGGCGCAGGCGGACGCGUCGGGAGCGGGCUGCGAUGGGAGGCAUCGGUGGUACAUGCUCAACGAGAUGUGCCUGCAGGUGACGGCGCUCAGCACGUGCCUCGACCCGCUCGUAUUCUUCAUCAUGACGCGCUCCUAGUGCGCAGCGCCAGCCACCACGGUGCCCGGUGCACAGUGACCAGUACUUUGUGCACAGUGACUAGUAAAUAGCAACUGGUACAUAGUGACAAGUACAUUCGUGCGCACUGACUAGUAAAUAGCAACUGGUACAUAGUGGCUAGUACUUCGUGCACACUCACUCGUACAUAACGACUAAUAGUGCACGGUGACGUGUACGUAGUGCACAUUGACUAGUACAUAGUAACUAGUGCACAGUCACCAGUGCACAUUGCCUCGUGGAUUGUGCUUGGCGCAGGGGUCUGCAAGUAAAAUAACAAGCAGAGACAUUGCUUUUCGAAUUCGGUAAAAAAAAACCCCCAUCAAUAUUUGAAGAGCCGCAAUGCGAUGUGAAUGAUGCCACGAAGCAUCAGUCCUUGAAGAGCCGCACGCGGCUCCGGAGCCGGAGGUUGCCGAGCCCUGGACCGAGUGCGUAGCGCGCAUUGUUGUGAUGGAACUCUCUCUCGCAUUGGGAGUUGAGCCGGUGUUAUGGGAGGUGUUAGGGUAAAGGUUAGGACAGGGGUUAGGGUACGGGUUAGGGUGAAGGUUCGGGUAGGGGUUAGGAUAGGGGGUUGAACCUGAGCUGCAUGUGUUCGGGUUUGACAUGAGAUUAGUGUUUAGGUCAUAAGUAACCUCCAGCCCCACUAUGCACGGACCGUAUGAUGAACUUCGUUCGCACCGUACGUAGCCAACCGUGCUAAUCGGAGGUGCAAGGUUGGCUCAGGGGAGGGGGGCCGUGAUGGCACGAGUUUGGACGGCCUUCAACUUUGUCGUCGAGAUCCCUAGGUCGACUCAGCCUUAAAUUAGCACGUGGAGCUGUGUGUACAGAUCGGCACUGUUCGGACAAAGGUGGUCGGGUGUGGUACGGGGCUAUAGGCCACAUCACGCCGCCGCGCGCCGUGACGGCCUUAAUAGGUGCUCGCUAAUUGCACUUGCGCCAGCGUAAAGUCAGUCCGUUUUGGUUUCUAAGGUGGGUGCACUCUGUCCAUAGAUACAGUACAUAAAUACGUCUAUGCCCUUUUCCAUCCACUGCUGGAUGAAGGCCACCCCACGCCGUUUGGGUCGUGCGAGUUGUUUGACCAUACUUCACCACUCUGGGCAAUGGGCGUUGGUGACGAAUGCCGUGGUCGGCAGCAAUGGAACGCACGUGGCCUGGCCGGUAAGUGCAGUGCGCCAACCACUGCGCCAGCACUCCUCUAUAUGACCGGGCAGCCGUGGCGAUGCACGGUUGCCUGUAAUCCAGCACUGUGGAGGCAGCAGCGGGAGUUGGUGGAUCACCGCACAGAUGUUGUGAAACUCCCUUCCCGUGGGCGUCGAGGAGGGAGCCAUUCCGUGGGUUUGCCUGGAAAAGGCGGUAGAGCUAAACUGUGGACUCCAUCUGUUCCGUCUGUACGGGAUAGAGCGUUGCCCCCUCCCACGCACACGUGGGUUUUCUCUGGGUGCUUUGGUUUCCUCCCUCGGUUAUGAAAACCAAUUCAUUGGCCGAUAACACCUUACUGCUAUUUACUAUUUUAAUGCUAUCAGGUAAGGCCCACUGAGCUAUAACAGUUCUUUUUCAGAAGCAACCUGGCCAAAAAUAAUAGCUCAACGAAGUGCUGAUCAUCACGUGGAAAUGUAUAGCAGCUAAAUACUCGAAACGCAUGUUUCAAAAUGUGGAAGGGAAAAUCGGAAGAACCCGGAGAAAAAUCCACGUGACCACAGGGAAAGAGAGAGAAACACAAACUCCAAAUAUACAGGCUUCAGGGUCGGGAUCGAACCCACGACUCCUGCAUGCCAGGCGAGGUAGUUAACAUUUCGUUACCGUGGCGCCCUUAAUAUAUAGAGGGAUGCAGAGCUUGGGGAGGGGCGGGCAAUUGUUGGUAGCCCCAGCUCAUCGCGUGGCGGCUGCUGCUGCCUUCCCCCGCUCAUCUGCGGUUCCUCCAUCUCGCGUCCCUGAGUCGUCCUCUCUCGAGGAGAGCCUACCUUUACCUUACCUUUUACCUUACCACAAUACAAUCACUCUACCCUACCUUUUACCCUUUAGCAGGUAAGGUAAAAGGUAAAAAGCAACGAGCCUACCUUUACCCUACCGGGUAAUUCUUCCGAGCUACCUUUACCCUACCCUUUACCUUACCCCUUGGCAUGUCGACACCUUUACCCUCUUUACCUUUACCCUUUUACCCGGUAAGAAGGGUAAAUGACCUUACCUUGCCGAGGCCUAGAGCGCGCUACAAGUUGGCGUGACUAUUGCUGAAUGCUACUGAAAAAUAAAACAACAAUAAUCCAUAAACAAGCUGGCAAUCCGAUCUAACGGGAGAGACUCUGUUUGGUUCAGCGUCGUGCCAACCGUGUGCGUGCUCACGGUGACAGUCGUAAGGUAUCGUGUCGUGUGUUGAAUAAAACUCUGUAAAAUAUACACACACGCACACGCGUAGCUUAUGAUCUCGAUCGGAAACUGGUGAACUACGUGGUGAGUUUAGUACUGGGUGCUGGUGAUUUGCGUGGUGAGUUUAGUACUGGGUGCUGGUGAGUUGUGUAGUGGGUUUUGUCCUGGGUGCUGGUGAACUGCGUGGUGAGUUUUGUCCUGGGUGCUGGUGAACUGCGUGGUGAGUUUAGUACUGAUUAGACACGUUGGACAUUGUGUGUACAUUAGUAAAUGUGUAUUUGUAUGCCUGCGUGUGCCAGUGUUGUAUCUGUGUGUCAGUGUAUCUGUGUGCCGAUCUGUGUGCCGGUGUGUAUCUGUGAGCCAGUGUGGUUUUACGAAAUUUCUCGUGAAAUUAUUUGACCAAAAUUUCCGGACAACAUUUUCCACCGUCGACGAAAAUGCCACGCGCUCGCCACGAGAUCGUCAGACGAGAAGCCACCCGGGAGAUUGCAUCGUCAUCGAUCCG